CCUUGACAAAAACUCCAGCAAUGUUUUAUAUUCUGAUAUUUGAUGUUUAAGUGAUUACAAAACUUUAGCCAAGUUCGUAUGUGUGUGCUUGUAUGCAUGUGUGUGUGUGUUUGUGUGAAUAAGUGAGCGAGUGAGUGAGUGAGUUAGAUGGCUAGCUAUAAGUCAAAUUGCAAUUGUUUGCCUACGAAAUGUAUGUAACCUCAUACAAUGAAUGGAUUGGUUAGCACUGUUCUGAAUUUGAUCUAAGAUACAAUUAUAUUAUGUUGAUGUGUAUUGUAUUCACAAAGUAACAAAUUGUGAUAAAAUUUCUAUCAUUUUUAAGAAUAGUUUACGAAUUUAGGAUUAUUAACUUUCUUUAUUUUGUAAAUACAUAAAUAUAUAUAUAUAUAUAUAUAUAUAUAUGGUUAUCAUUGAUAAACCGGUGGAAAUCGAUCAAGAAGCUUCAGAAAAUGCUGCAAAUAUUUAUAUUAAUCCAUGCGAGAAAACAAAUUUAAAAUUGACACCAUUAGAUGAUUCAGAUAAUAACAGAAAUCAACCAUCCACAUCAAGUUCUCAAACAUACCAUAAGCUAGAUGGUUUUGAAAAUGAAACUGAUAAGAAUCAACUCACACCGUCACCGCCUUCCCGACCUCCACGACCAGCUAGUUUGAAAGGUAGAUCGAAUGCUUCCACUGCAAAUUCACAUAGACCAUUUGUCCCUUUACCACAAGCUCCUAAUUCAAAUUGUUCAGAAGAAUUAUAUGAACUCGUUGAUGAUGAGCAUAAAUCGAUAAAUCAAACAACAGGUCAAUGUAAUCAACCAGUGAAGAAACUGAAACCACCAGGGAAAAAGUUAAAUAUGAUCAAUAGAUUUGGUGCUUCAUUUCGAGUAAUCACUGAUAAGAAAGUGAAUUCUUUGGUUAACCAAUUCAGUAAUCAUCUAACAACUCCUGGAUAUAGUCCAGUGAAAGUACCGAAUAAGGAGAGAACACUGAUUACUGAAAAAUGUGAUAGCAAUCAAGACUAUAAAGUAGAUGGGGCAUUCAUUAAUUAUACCAAUAAAUUUUGUGAUAAACUUGAUGAGAAAGAGUCAAUACAAAGUUUAACCGGUAGAUGUGAUUAUUUACAACAGAAUUCUUCAAGAUUACAAUCUAAAGGUAGCUUUAAAGAUUCUUGUUCAUUAUUCGGUUCAACAAGUCAUCUUUCAAUAAAAUCGCAAUCAAAUAAAAAAUUCAAGCAAAUUAAAUACAAUAUUAUUGAUUUAUUUGAAAAGAAAGAACUGCCUAAAAUAGCAAAGUACACGUGUGCAUUACAUAUAAAUCCUGAAGAAACAGUGAAAUGUGUUGUUCAAGCGGCUAAAAACGUGUACAAGACAACCAGUUCGACCUUUACCUCAUUUAAUAUUCAACAAAGGUUGGUCACAAGAAUCGAGCAUACUCACUCAUGAAUUUUUGCCGACUACUAAUCAAGAUAAUUUUACUAGCAAUUCCAAUGAUAAUCUACAUCAUGAGAAAAUUCUCCGCAACGAUAAUGAUGAUGAUGAUGAUAAUGACGGUGGCAGCUGUCGUGGUGGUGUUGGUGUUGUUGGUGAAGGCUUAUUUGGAUUCAAAGGUUCAAAUCCAACUAGUUGGUUAGAAGAUUCAAGAACAUCAGAAUUACUGAAAAAUUCACUAGAUUUACGUGAAGCUGGUCUACUUGAUAUACGUGAAGGUGAAAAAUUAGAAGUGAUGUGCAUUUAUAUGGAGCCUAGACUGCUGGUGAGAAAUACAAUUGGAGAAUAUGGUUUAGUACGUCAAAGUGAAGUACGAAAUAUAUGAAGAGAAAAAAGACGAUCCGUUUUUUUUCUAUACGGUGGAGGUAAUACAUCAAACUGAAAAGAUAUGCACAUGAAAAUUCCUAACAGAUUUAUUAAAAAAAAUUCGUCUUCGUCUAUUUUUGCGGUUUCCAUCUUUUUAUACAAUGAAUCCCUUAUUCUAAAUUCUCGUCCAUUCAAUCCCCUUCAUCAUUCAUCAAAUUGUGAAAAUUAAUUUAUAUUCCAAGGUUUAUUUGUUUUUAAUUAUUUAUCGAAAGAAAACUGUGAAUUACAUUCUCCUUGUUUUCGAAAAUUGUUCAAAAUAUUGAUUAAAUUUUGUUUGUGAUUCUCAG